CUUGCUAGCUUCAUUGCUACGUCUACCGUGAGGAGGAGGUCACGUACGACGCUCCUCUGCCUUCCACCUUACCUACUCACCUAUUUACUCACCUAUUCUGGUCUCCUACUGUCACACCACCUCUUUCACCCACCCAUCUUUGUUUCGAGUAUUCCUUUCUCUCGUGCGUCGUCGGCCGCCGAUUGAAACUCGCGUCGUUAGUGUGCAUGGUGCUGCUGAAAACUACGUCGACUUUGACUUGUGGGUGAUUCUCCAAUGACCUUAUGCAACUCCCUUCAUAACUUUGAAACCUGCCCAAACUGUACUUGCUUCGAACCAUUUUGUACAGUCUGAAAGUCCACAAAUAUUGUGAAAUCAUUAAAAAAAUUGAAACAAAAUCGCUGCUGUGAAAGGGAAAUUUGGAACUUCGUAAUUUCAUUGGAAAUUACCUUAUUUGACUUUCUAAUGUGUGUUGAAAACCUGUGAUUCUCAAUUAGGAUUCUCGUAAACUUGUAUUUCCAGGUCACCUGUUCGUAUUAUGUUUGAACUCAAUCUGUAUUAAUCGUGUGUAAAGUUCGUAUAUUCUAUACGCUCUUCUCUUGCUCUCUGUAUUGUUCGAAUAUUCUACAAAGCUCAUGACAAUUGCCCAGCGUGUGUUACUUGACUGGAUUACGUGUGUUACUUGACCCAAGUGCCAUUACCAUUGGAAGUAUGAAGAUACUUUCUCUACACAAAUUACGAAUUUGAAUUAUUCAGUAUUCAUUGGAAAAGUGAAUUUGUGGCCAUAUACAACGAGGCAGACGUUGAAAUAAAUUUCAUUGCCCAAAUCGCAAGGUUUUUGUAAUUUUUCAAAGGAAAAUCCUUGCAUUUUCUCUAAGUGGGUAAAAGUUCGAAGUGGACUCCGGAUGAAAGAUUUUUUCGUGGGUUACGUCGUUGCUUGCAUCACGAACAAAGAACUGCAGUUUUAGUACAGGUCUCAAAUUUUGUGAAGUUAAACUAUUCGAAACUGGAGAAAAACGAACGUUUAGAAACUAUUCGAAACUGGAAAAAACGAACGUUUAAGUUAAAGUUGCUAAUUCCAGCAAAAGCUAUCGAUAGUUUCGUCGAGUGCGUGGUCUGAAAGUGUCGGAUUUGCAACGUAAAUUUAUUCGGAUUUUCACUAUCACAAACGAAAUUAGGUUGGUGCUACACGUAGGUAAGUUUAGUGACCUUGUGCCUGUUAUUGUUAGUUUGCUAAAGAAGUAACGAAGAAGUGUGUGUACUUAUUAGUGCAAAAAGAGUGCGCGGUUAUAGGUUAAAUCAACCUAUGUUGACACAUCGAUGUUAUUUAACCCUUCCCACGAAUUGUUGUAUUCAUACAAUGAAAAUGAAAACUCAGAUUCUGCAAUUAGAACGUAAAAAUGAAUGUUUGAAUCACUGUAAAAUUUUACGUUAAUUUCAUGCGUGCAAUUUGCAUUUUUGUUCCUACGAAUUUUGAUGUCACGACGAGCCUUUUGACUUCUGAACUCCAGCCAAAUUUUGGGCACCUGGGAACUGAACUGAAACUUUACGAAGAUUUUUUUCUGAUCUCUGUGAGAUUUCAAAAAAUGUAUUGAAAAAUUAUAGCUAAGAAGAAUAAUAUCUUAUGAAUUUGAACAUUUGAACGUGUUCUACGUGUAUUUUUUAUCGCCUAAAUUAAACAUUGCUCAUUGUGGAAUAAACUAAAAUUUACGAGAACGUUGAACUCGUUGAACGCAUGAAGAACAUCGAUGCUAGUCCGUAAAGUGAGUUGAAAACGCUUGAAGAAUAUCGAAGUGAGUUGAACACCAAUGAAGAACAUCGAUGUGAGUUUAAACAGUGAGUUGAAGUUGAAGUUAGAGCUCAAUGCUGUGUCAUGGCUGGAGCAGGCACCCUGUACGCGCCCUCAAGUUACUCGGACUCACUCAGGUUCUGGAACUUCGCUGGAGUUCUCAACUUGCUGUCUGGCGAGAAAAACAACAAUAACAACAACAACAACAACAACGAGUCUUCCUCCCCCCCUUCCGCUACUCCUCAUUCCUCCGAGGGGGGUUGUCGGGCCGCAGCCCCCCCUCCUACCUCCCCAGCUGUAGCAAGCCUCCCUUCCCCCACCCCCUCCGACCCCCAAUCUGGACCACCCUCAUCCCCACUCCUCUCCACCCCUGCAAGUCCCCCCUCUGCCACCCUCCCCCGCUGUGCUGGGGGGGAGCAGGGGACCCGUGGGGGGGCUUAUGAGGGGGUCAGGGGAGGCCUCAGCGAUGACGGCGACCUGGGAGACGGCAACGGCACUGUCCUGUGCAGCGUGUGCAACAAGCAGUUCGCUAACGUGCACCGGCUACAGCGUCACAUGAUAUCGCACAAUGAGUCCGAGAUGCUGCGACGCUUCAAGUGCGACGAGUGCGGCAAGGCCUUCAAGUUCAAACAUCAUCUUAAGGAACACAAGCGUAUUCACUCCGGGGAGAAGCCGUUCGAGUGCGAGCACUGCGGCAAACGCUUCAGCCACUCCGGCUCAUACAGCAGCCACAUGAGCUCGAAAAAAUGUCAGAUGGGCCGUAGCCGGACUGCUGCAUCCCUUCUUCCCCGGGAUGGACCUCUGAGGGGAACCCAGUACCCGGGCGCGGGGAACAAGAGGCAGAACAACCACGCCGUACCUUUUCUCCCCAUACUCCCCAAAAACGAAUCUCCAACUCCCUCUGACUUGGGGUACUCCUCUCCUCCCCAUGCUAUCCCCACGGACUCCACGACACUUUCCCCUUCUUCUCUGGGUGUCCCCAACCUCCCCGUAUCUUCCCACUCUGGGGCUUUGGCAAGUCUGGCCUCCUCUGCCAUUGAGUCGACGCUGCAUAACAGCCUGCAGAGCAGCCUGCACAGCAACCUGCAGAGAAGUCUGCAAAGUCAGACCAAUAACCUAGCUUGUGGCCUACAGACUUCAUUACAAAACAGCAUACAUAAUAGUUUACAAAAUUCCAUUCAUAAUAACCUGCAGAGCUUGACGCAGACUCUACAGCAAGGAUUUUCUCAGUAUCACCCCUUGAAUUCUCUUAUUUUGGCCGCACAGCUCCAUCCCCAGUUGUCCCCUCUUCCCCCCAUUCCCCCUUUGUUGUCCCUCUCCAUGACCCAAGCCAUGUCGGGACAAAGUCCCGACCCCAGUGAGUGUAUGUCCCAGACACGGGACAUGAAGGAAGAGGAAGACGAUGCUGAUGAAGAUGAGCCGGGAGAACUCGUCAUAAAAGAGGACCCGACGGACGAAGAGGUUGAUGAUACAGACAAGAAAUCGUAUGAAGAUGAGAGAUCAACGAACAGCUUGUUACUCAGAGACGAGAUUAAGGAGAUUCGCAGCGGAUUAAAUAGUGACGUCGUUGGCUCUUCGUUGCCAGAACUAAACUCGAGUUUCCACCGCCAUCAAGACCGCCAUUCGUCGGACCAAUUCCUGCCGGUCUCCAAUGGGUUUGCAUCCGGACUCCUACAGUAUCCGCACUCGAUAAGUUCACUUCAGUCAGUUUUAAGUAACGUUAACAGUGAUUUAACACGACACCAGUUCGAACAGACGGUCGCGGGAGCCUCGACGUCUUCUCUUCUGUCAACAUCUCACCUGUCGUCAGAUUUGCGCUGCCUGCUUUGUGGCUGGUUCUCCUCAACUCGUCUCGAGGCUCUCACUCAUUCGAGGAAAAUGUGUCCAUGUCUUCCUCAGGUCUCGAGUGCUCAAGAGGGCCUUCAGGAAGCCCUUAUCAGUGGACUAGCCUCUAAAAUUCACAGAAUGUCAUCCACAUCCCAUUCCGCGGCUCCUUUCUUGUCAAACCAAUCCAGUGCUUCCAAUGUCCGAAUUUUGGGUAACCCAUUUCGAGACGAAGAGUCUGGCCCCGACACCGAUAACUCCUUGGGCUCGAUGGCCAUGGACUCUGAGGAAAACAGUCGAGAUGGCCGCAAAAUUCGAUCUCGUUCACAUAUUCGCGGUGAACAUCUAGACGUGUUGCGCCCUCUCUACUACCGCAAUCCUCGGCCAAAGAAGGAGGAAAUCGUAGCGAUUGCCAAUCGCCUUGGAUUCCCCACUCGUGUUGUCCAAGUCUGGUUCCAGAAUGCAAGGGCGCGAGAUCGUCGUGAAGGUCGACCAGUUCCUGGUGGCAGCAACGACAACAAUUACUCUAAUACUUUUAAUUUCCCCGGUAGGAACCCUGACUCUAAAGAUACCGAGUCUCUCAGAUCCGCUGUGGGUUUCAGUUGCACCGCUGAGUCCAGAGAUGGUGAGCUGCUAAGAAGCUCCUUGACUGCUCCCACCGAAGCUCAUCCUUUGGUGUCCUCACACCUCAUUCCGUCUCCAAAUUCAUGGGCUUCAUCAUGUAUUCAAGACUCCAAGUCUGUUUUAUCUUUGUCUUUCAAUGGAAGGAUUCCAGUUCCAGGUUCCGCUUCUUCAGAACUUUUGGCCUCGGCUCUUCAGUCAUCGCGUCGACUGAGUAAAGCCUCGGCGUCUACCUACGACGUGGAGGACGUGAUGCCGCUUGACCUGUCCACUAAACGUGCCUCAUCCCCACAAGUGGCCUCUCUGCCGUCCUCUUCCUCAGCGUCAAUCCCCGUCACUCAGGCCGCCACCUACUCCGUGAUGACCUCCGCUUGUCCACCACUUCAGCUCGUCCAUGAAUCAACUAAAACUUAUUGUUCUUCGGCGUUGACAUCGUCGGUGAUGGACUCGACUUCUGAGCCGGAGAUUAUGCAACAAAAUGUGGUAUCUCCCCUAACUUCAUCUCCUCGGUCUCCAAUUAAUCUUAUACCGUCUAGCCCAAUCGGUACCACAGACGAAAAUGCAACGGUGGUUGAGGAAAAACGUAAUCUUCUUAAUAGCGCCGCAGCUACCUUGGAUUUACGAAGAAACAACGACCUGGGUUCCGUUGAUACCGUGAUCCCUAUGGAGGCUGAUGAGCGUGACACUCCACCUAGUUCCGUCAUUGCGACCUCCACUUCCGGGAUAAUCGUUUCCACUAAUGCCCCUAUGGAGCCAUCUGCAUCUUGUCCUUCUGUAGUUGAAUCUCCUCAAUCUGAAGAAGAAGCUGUCCAUUCCGACGAUCUUUUCGUCAGUGCUCAACGUAACUCCGACCUUUUGGGCCCGACUGAAACUAAAAACACGGGUCUAAACUCGGGUUUUUUGGACCCAUUUUCAAGCGCGAAUAAAGUCCUUGAUUCAGCAUCUUCGGCCUCUGUUAAACGACUUCCUUCCUGUCAACCUCUGUCUUCCUGUCAGCAGCCAAACUUUUUCCCAUCUGUCAGUGUUCCCUCCACAUCACAAUCCUCUAGCUCCCCUUCCGUCAGUCUGACCUCACAGUGCAAACUCGCUCAAAUUCUGCAAGGAUCAAAACUUGGCUUUAAGGCAAUCUACGCCCCCGAGAACCUCACCGUCGCCGAUAAACGUCCACUGGACGACGCGGUGCUGGAUGACUGCAAGAGGCGGCGGCUGGACGAUGAGGUGGGGGGCGCGUUCCCCUGCAACCAGUGCGACAAGACCUUCAACAAGCAGUCCUCUCUCGCCAGGCAUAAAUACGAACAUUCCGGAGCGCGGCCAUACCAGUGCUCGCAGUGCCCGAAGGCGUUCAAACACAAGCAUCACCUGACGGAACACAGCCGCCUGCAUACGGGCGAGAAGCCUUACCAGUGCAACAAAUGUCAGAAGCGUUUCUCUCACUCAGGCUCUUACUCACAACACAUGAACCACCGAUACUCGUACUGCAAGCCUGAGGAGGGGACGGCUGGGGACGGUAGUGGGGCUGUGGGCGGUGACGAGCGAGAUGAGGAUAGCAAGUCACCAAAUGUGGCCUUAAGGCUCCUCAUCAACGGACUUGAACGGGCGAGGAAAGACGGUGAUGAAAUCUUGAGAGAUAGCGCGGAGAUUAUGAGGAAUGGGGAUGAGGUCUCGAGAAGUGGUGGGGAUGUUGAGGUCUUGAGAUCCCCUGAGGGUAAUGGUGAUGCUUUCGAAGACCGUUGUUCGUCACCCAUGGAUGGGGAAGAUGGAGAAGAAUCUAAUGAUAGUUCUGACGAGCUCAGGAUUGUCACUGAUCCCAUCCCCUCCUCCUCACCUCCUUGUGGGGAUGAUGACUACGAUGAUGUGGGGGAAGAUGGAAUCAGUUCCCCUAAGUGUCCCGGACAUGUGCUGGCAUCAGUCUCCCCACGGGGAUUGUGUAGCGCUUCAGACAAAGAAAAUGUGACGGCGUAACCGUGUGGCGUGCGAUAAAUUGACUGUGUUGGUCAUGAGUGAUAUUCGUGUGCUUGCAAGUACAAUUGCCUGCAGCCACAGUAAAGUAUCGCGUACAAAGAUACUUCAUUCUAUUAGAAUACAACGAAUGCAAAUUCUAAAGUUUUGCUGCAGGUAAAGGCUCCUUUGAAAAUGGUUGCCUUUCACGUUUGCAGUUUACGAUGGAAACGCUUGCGCUGUCACCUCAGCGGCGCGUUGCAGAACUACACCUAAUAAGUCUUUGCCAUUUCUCGCUUCUUCUUCGAUACUUCCAUAGACCUAAGUUUUUCUCUGGUUCUCUAGUUACCUAUUGACUUUGCUCUAAGACAUAGACGGUAUCGUGCAAAGUUCCUACUCGAACUUCUUGCAAGUUUGUGAACAAUUUAGUGUCGUUGAACAUUUUUCAACUUUCGUACAAGGACAACAUAAAUCGUUUAUUGUGACCUCAGAAACUAGACUCAAAUGCAUUGCUCUUGUGAAUAAAAGUAAAGUUUUUUUUUCACUUUCCAUGUGAACACGAUAAAUAUUACACGAAACUUUUCACGCAAUUAUUCGGUGAUAUUGUAAAAUUAUCUUAGUGAUCGAGGUUGCUAAAUUAUGAGGUGCUAGUGUAAAAUUAUAAAAGUUCGUGAUCGCGGCGACGCAAAAUCUGCAACAACGAACAUGAUGCAAGUUGUGGGGACACACACUUUGUUGUUGAAUAAUUUCUUUACUUAUGUGUAUAUUUAGGGAGAGCAUAGGAAUAAAUUAUGAAAGGAUGUAACGAUGAAACUAGGAAAAAAGUAGAAUGGAAAAAUAGAAUAGUAAAAAUUUUUCUUCAGAUCCUUAUUACUUAUAUGAAAGCCUUCUCUGUUCCCUACAACCUCUUUCGGAAAAUCUGGGUUUGACAGCUUUGAUGAAAUUGGAAAAACUAAAACGGGUUAAAACAUUAAGGAUAUAGAGAUGACUUAACCUUUUAAAAUGUUUACUAUUUUUAUAAAAAAUUAUCGAAGAAAUGGCUCACGUCACCAGAGUUUUGUCGUCUGUUUUCAACGUUUGUAUCGGCUGCUGUUGAUCCACUCACUACACUUAGUUGGGAAACUUGAUAAUAAGUUUGUAAUUAAACUGUUUACUUUGUAAUUAUGAAGCAAAUAAGCUUUUUAAUUGCUAAGUAGGGUGCAGUGAAGGCUGAGUGAUGUUCUAUCGUUUGUUCAUCGUAUGUGCGUCCAAUAAUGAAGUCCACAAAAUAGUUACGUUUGUUCGAGUCAAAAUAGGUGAUAUUAUUAUACUCAUCAUAAGCAUGAUGAUUAUGACCUAUCAUCGAUGAAAUAUGUGCCAAUGAUACUCAAGUUACACCUCGCUUACUUGUCUUCAUCUUUCUUGUUCAAAUUUGCUCAUUUUGUACUACAAUGGAGACUUGAUAUGAAAAUCAAAACUGCUUAUCCUUCCAUUCCUUAGGUCAACUUUUCACUAGGUAUACUUACGAUAAAAUAUUACUAUCACUUUUAACAAUGUUGUACUUCCUCAGAAAAUAACUUUCGUAGGUCUUGCUGAAUGGUCAGCGCUUUUUUCUUCUUGAAACAUAAUACAAGCGUCUUUUUCUCGAGUGUUUUGCAUGCCGUUACAGUCUAGUUCCGGUCUUCGUAUAAGCACUUGUUAGCUCAACAAGCACUCUAAUAUACAAUGGUUAAAUGUGCGCUUGCUAGUGUGAUUGUAUUGCCAUAAUGGAUGCCGAUUGUACCGUCACUUUUUACCGAUAUGAAUACAUUUAUUGCUUUAAUGAUAGCCAUUAUGAUUAGCAUUGUAAUUACAUUUUAUAUUGCUAGUCUUAGUUAUAUUAUGUUAGUCAUGUGAUUGCCAUACAACGAAACUUAUUCAUUUUUUCUGGUGUUUCGCUCGUUUACUAAUCCUGUAUUAUAUUGGUGGCGGGGAACCUAAUUAACAUUGUCCUCGUAAUUGGUUAUCAUUCAACUCUACGCAUCCCAAUUUCCAAAUUGUUCAAUAUGAUUGAUUUUAAAAACAGCAGCGCUUAAAUUUCCAAAUUUUUACCAUAGGGUGAAUCUGUAUACCCGAGAACAUUUUUCGUUAUCACACUAACGCAAACUUGUUUACAAGAUUUCAACGCAAUUUUGCGGAUUUUAAUUGCAGGACGAACAAUGCAUGAAAUGCGCUGUCAGUUUUGCCGCUACUCAAGCUUGCUAGAAUCCUGGUAUUUUUUUUUUUUGAUCCACCGAAACAUAAACUGAGUUUGCUUAAAUUUUACACAUUUUUCCAGACGGGCAUAUUAACGAAUGUGUGAUUUAUUCGUGUGCGGUAUGUACGUCUGCUGUGUGCGUGCAUUUCUUCUUCACUCGCAUUCCUCAUCUUUAAAAUACUCUUAAGAAUAUUUAACUAUACAAACGUACAGCCAAAAUGUGUUGUAUUAAGGUUCAAAUACAGAAAUAAAUUUCUAUCGUUGUUCUGAGAAGUAUUACCGCUAGGUUUAAGCUGAAAGUCCGAUGCAGAUUUUGUGCUCUCAAACGUCCAUAUUUUCUAACUUGGCUAAUAUUGACUGUAGAGUUAGACGUUUAUUGAACUGCUCCGAUGUCCCUCCUUAUUCAUAACGAACUAACUUUUUUCAAUCUCUCUAUACUCUUCUAUUAUAAUUAUUAUUAUGAUUCCAUAGUCAAAGGAAUAGUGAGAAGGAAAUCGCGUCUUCGGUCGGUUUGCAUGCGCUAUUCGAAUUUUCUCUAUCGUAACUUUAAGCACUUAUUCUUCUUCCGUAGCUUUCGAGUUCUCAUCCAUUAGCUACUGUUAUUCAAAUGAUACUUAUUCACCUUCAUUCAAGGGAAUUAAUUUUCGCCUUUUCCUCUUUUGUUUCCGCAGUUAUUAUUUUCCGAUACGAAAUUCUAAUUUCUCCUGAUCGCACGUGAAGACUACAAAUCAAUUUGUUCAUCGUAUUGGUUUUCCCUUCAAAUAUGUACUGUUGCUACAAACUAUUAUCUGGUUUUGAACGGCUGAAUUGUCAAUGGCCGACGUCUUUUAACUAGAAAUUUUGCUCACUGAUUCGCCAGCCUCCAAACUUAUCAGUUUCAUUUCGUGUCUUGCCUCGCUUCGUCAUCCACCUCCACUCGUAUAGUUUCAUCUUGUGUCACUUCUCACUUCGUCAUCAGCCUCCACUCGUAUAGUUUCAUUUUGUGUCAUGCCUCGCUAAAAAAAAUGCGUCGGUCAAGAAUGUUACGUCGUGUAGCAAUUUUUCAAGCAAACAUCAUUCAGUUCAUUGAAAUUUCGUUAUAUGCUGCAUGUUCAACUUGUAGCUCUAAUUAAUGCUCGACUUGCUUCUUUGGUGAUGGUAGUUUACAAUAUAUUUCCAUCGAUUUUGAAGUGCUGGCCUCAUCUAAUAUUGGUUAUAAUUGAAUUCUCCCAUCCUUCAUUUUUGAAAAAAUUACUCUCGAAUGGAAUGUUUCAAUUUUGCAGUACAAAAUUAUGCAGCUAUUCGUGGGCAAGAUUUAAUAUCGCUAACUAUAUGUCGGUCACCAAAUCCAUUAUGAUUCUCAAUUGGCAGGCUUUAACAUUUCCAUCGGCAUUAUUCAACUGAUCGCAAUUUCUUCAAGAACGAUUUGGCAUUUCCGUUAUAGGAUCUUAGUCAUUGCCUCCGAGUAAAUUUUUGUAUGUUUUAAAUUUCACCAAUUUUCUCCAACUUACCCUGGUUUAUUGGAACUUAUAUAGAUUGCAUCAUUGCGUAUUACUAAACUGUCCUUAUAAAUGUUCACGAAUUUGUUGGCUGAUUGGACGAUCGAUUAACGAAUUUUUCGUUAAUUUUUACACAUAGGACGUUAUCUUCUUGGAUUGGAGAUGCUCUCUUUCUCUUUACGUUAAGUUUUUUUUUUUACGUUCAGGACAAGCGUUUUUGUAGUUGGUAUAUCACGUGCAAUUUUUUUGUUCAGUUUUACUUCUUGAAGUUUUAAUUAAUUACAAGUAAUUCCUUUAUUCCUGUUCUUUUCUUGUUGUUAUGACCUGGUUUUUAUCACAGGAGUUAAGUUAAACGUUUUUUGAGGAGCGUUAUCCACUGUGCCGCAAACGUUGACCAGUCUAAUUCGUUUUCAAUAAUUAAGUUAGACUCAGCGUAAUACUGCCUGUAUUUUGCCUGUUAUUUGGAUUCAUCUGAAUAUUAUUUUAGUCUCACCCGAGCUCUGAUUUUAUUUUCCAGUCAUUAGAAUUAAUGUAGUUUCUUUUAAUGUUUCCUAAAUCGUGCUAACGUGUCUCUCAAUCUUGCGUCUCAAGAUAUGAUAUUAUUGAUUUACCUGAAUUAGAUCACUAAAAUUUUCUCGUGUCUCAGUUUGUUUUUCUAUUUCAUUGCCCAGGUCUUUCACGUCGUUCAUUCGAAACUAAUAUUAUGUUUACGUUGAAGUUUGAAGGCAUCUUCAUCACAAUUAUUUUCAGACAAUAAUUACUCAGAUAUGCAAGCACCUUUUGUGAUGGUGAUCUUUUCAUGUGUUCCAUCAUCCGUAAUAUUCUUUAUGCUAUGCAUGUACGGCACUCAUCUUCGUGUAUAAUUGAAAAUAGCCUCUAAGCCUUUCGUGCUUCGUAGUUUUAUUUUUGUACAAGUUUUUUUACUACAAGUAAAGAUAUGCCAUUUCA